AUGGCUAGGACAUACACCUUCUACAACCUACGCAUCAUCCUGGUCCUGACCUUGGGCAGUCUUACCUUUGGGUACGGCUUCUCCGUCAUCUCAAACACCAUAGGACAGCCCGGCUUCAUCCAAUACUUCAACCUCAAAGCCAACUCGGACUACACCAACGCCAUCACCGGCACCAUCAAUGGCCUAUAUUGUGCAGGAGCACUGUUUGGGGCGCUGCAUGUGGGUUGGAUGUGCGAAGCUCGCGGCAGAAAGGAGACCAUGUAUUUGGGGUCGGCCGUCAACGUCGUGGGCGGUGCCCUCGAGACGGGCUCGGUCAAUAUGGCCAUGUUCCUGGUUUCGCGCUUCAUUUCGGGGUACGGGAUCGGCAUGAUGGUGGUCUUGAUCCCCAUUAUGCAAUCUGAAAUCUCACCUCCCAACGCGCGAGGCUUUCUCGUCGGUCAACACGGCACCUGGAUUGUCUUGGGAUACGCCAUUGCCGGCUGGGUGGGCGCUGGGACGUAUUACUCGUCGAACCUUUCCUUCCAGUGGCGAUUCCCCAUUGCCUUGUCCAUCAUACCACCCCUUGCGUUGGCCAUGUGCGGUCCCUGGAUCCCGGAAUCCCCUCGUUGGCUGCUCACCCGAGACCGACGCGAGGAGGCCUGGAAUAUCGUCAGGCGGCUGCACGGUGGCGCAGCCGAGGACGAAGCAGGCCUCCAAUAUGCGCGCGAGGAAUUCUACCAAAUGACCGAGCAGGUGCGAGUAGACGCGGCCGCGUGGAAGCAGUGGGGAUGGCGCGGCAUGUUCACAAACAAGACCUACCGGAAGCGCUUCUGGAUGGGUUUCUUCAUCCAGUAUGCCGCACAAUCGACGGGUGCCCAGGUCAUCUACGUAUACAUUGUAUCCCUGUACCAGAAUCUCGGACUCACCGGCGGAGUGCCCCUGAUUUUGGGAGCAGCCUAUGUCACCGUCGCGACCAUUUCCAACUUCAUUGGGGCGCUGCUCUUGGACAGAGUAGGACGAAAACCACUUCUGCUCGCCGGCCUCACCGGAUGCAUGCUGUCGGUGUGCCUGGAAACCGCCAUGAUAGCCGAGUAUGCUGGUACCACCAACAAGGCGGGGCUGUCCAUGGGGGUGUUCUUCUCCUUCUGCUUCAUCAGCUUCUAUGGAGGUGGCAUCGAUGUGGUGGGCUAUGUGUAUUGCUCGGAGAUCUUCCCUACCACCAUCCGAUCUCAGGGCGUGGCCUGGUCUCUCGCCGGGACAUUUCUCUCGACGUUGGUGUAUGUCGAGGCUGCGCCGACGGCCUUGGCAAACAUCAAAUGGAAAUACUAUAUCGUCUUCAUCUGCCUGACCUUUGUCAACAUCUGGAUCUUUUACUUUUGGUGUCCCGAGACUCGAGGCAAGUCGCUGGAAGAGAUCAAUGCUUUGUUUGGUGACGAAGUGGUGGUACAUUUUGCGGAUGCGACCGAGAUGCAGAGGCACGAAUUAACCGCAAAGGUAUUGGCACAGGACGACAAACACGAGUUCGCCUCGGGUGGAGCUAGCGUAGGAGAGGUGAGUACAAAGAUGGCGUUGAAAGUCUAA